AUGGAGGCUAACGGUUCUGGAAACUCCCCCUCGACGCCGAGCAAGGGGAAAGAAGCUUUGAUUAGAAUCGAGAGGAUAAUCAAGAAGUUGAACUUCGACUAUAACCUCGAAAUUCAGCUCCCUGACCUCAGCUUGACCCCGGCGAAGAGGAAGGAGAUCAGUGCUAAUAAUGAGCAGCUUCGUCGCUGGGACCAGAUUUAUAAUGCACUCCGGUACCUCUAUUUCCAGAGAGAUGGCAGCUUGGAGAUGGCAUUGGACUCUUUCCUCCUUGAAGCCAAAUCGAUUAGCAAGAAACGGUUUCAUAAACCUCAAGGGGAUCAGACAAUACUACCAUCGCCUAGCAUGGAUUUUCCCAAAGCAUCAACCCAAGAGCAGCAGAUCGAGUUAGAAAACCAACUAGUAAAAUCACUUAACUAUUUCAAGGACUCGAAAGUGCUCUCGAGGCAGAAAGUUUCGCCGAAGACAGAUAAAACACCUCGACAUCCGUUCCCCGAGCAACAGGACGGAUCCAACCUAUCUACCAAUCUCCCAUGGCCACCUCUAUCAAUUCCUCAAACACCUCAAAAGCAAUUAUCACAAAACUCUCCCAGCAACUCCCCUCCGUCUGCUGGUUCCAAGCGUUCAGUUGAUCUCUACGAGAGCUCCGAUGAUCGCGAUUCCAAGCGGACUAAGGGACUUCUCUUCCCUCUCUCCAAGCCUAAGCAAUUUUCCGGUGAGCUUGCCAACCCCUUUGACGAUGUACCUGGCCGACAACACCCUGGAGGGGGUCCACCGGCGCCCAUUCAAGCACAAGCACGGCCGUGGAAUCCUCUUCCUCCUAGCCAAUUUACAUCGUCGAGAAAUUCGACUGGCUCAGGCCUCUUCAGUCAGCGAGACGAGUUUCAGUCAACUCAGAGCUUGUUCCAGGCCAGUCUUCCAAAGAACCAAUUUACUUCCACACCUUCGGCGCCGAAGAUGACGUCUGCCUUCGCUACUAGUCGACCACUGCCCGUUAUAAGCCGGCCAGCUGGCUCGUCGAUCCGAGAGUCCGCAGUUUCACCGGCUAAGUCACUCAGCAGUUCUGAAAGUGAUUCCCGAUCCGAAUCGGACACUAACUCUUUCUCUGAUAUAUCCGAUUCGGAUAAUAACCGUGGUGGUGCUACAAUCCAGAACCCUCAUCCAUCUCUAGUUAUUAACUUCCGUCAACUAAGACUCAAUGCUCCGUCUAACCAUAGCCAUAUCCGAGCUAGGCUUCAAAAUAUCUGGCCCAAAUUCCCUCAAUGGCUCCACGAUGCCCCUCUUGCGGUUGUCUGGGAAGUUACUCGAAUAUGCCUGCAUUGCAAGGUUGAUCUUGAGGAGCCAAGCCUUCAUUAUAAUCCCAAGUGGGCCACAUCAAGUAUGACAGAGAUCUGGAGGUCGCUAAGCCAACUCGACGUCUUCCGUGGAAAGUCCUUUCCAGAACGGCCCUCAGCUGAAGUGUGGGAAGCUGCCCUUACCACCUUCGAGAAGAACGGGAACAGCGUUGUCAUGUCCGCAUCCCUGGAGUUCAACCCAGACAAGACCGGUCCACUCUUUUUGAUAGAUAUGAAGCCCCUACGAUUCGACGAAGGGUGUCGUCUAACUAGAUACUUUGGAUCGGACCGGUUUCUCGAAAUCCUGUUCCCCUCCCCUACUGCUUCUAACGCACCACCGAUCCUCAAGCAACAUAAUAAUGCUGAAGAGGUAAUCAAGUGGCUGACUGAGACCCCGCACUCUUUCGUUGGUCGACACUGGCAAGCGUUCUACUCAAAAGAUGCAGGGUAUCGCAAGCCAGCAAAGGAGUUUCGACUCGGCCAAGAGGCAGACCCAAUCUCCAAGGAACGUGUCCACUUCUUCGCGGAGGAUGGACACCGGUUCCGCCAGCCACUUCAUCCUACAUAUCUUUCUCCGCCUGACACAGUGAGCUCUCGGUUCCAGAUCAAGAUCAGCCAAAUGCUCGAUUGGCUUUUGCAGCUGGAGCACAACGAGGAUCAGCCGUAUCUCAAGCUCUUCUCCCGUAUCCAGCUAGGCUUGAGCAAGACAAUUCCUGCCUUGACCUUUGAGCCUCACCAGAUCAUACAUCGAGAGAAGGACAUAUUGUCCCCCAUUGGAAAGGUCAUGAAUGACGGUAUCGGCCGCAUGUCACGCAGUGUAGCCCGAAAGAUUCGUGACGCCCUUGGCCUAACCGACAUACCCUCUGCCAUUCAAGGCCGUAUGGGCUCUGCAAAGGGCAUGUGGCUGAUGGAUGUGGCUGACACUAGUGAUGAGGAUUGGAUAGAGACAUACCCCUCACAACGCAAAUGGCACUGCAACUGGAACGACCCAGCUCACCGCACACUCGAGGUCCGCAGCGUGCCGACCGAGCUGAAGCCCGCUGGUCUGAACCUCCAGUUCCUCCCCAUAUUGGAGGCUCAGGCGAAAGACAAGGCCCAGAUGAGAUAUGCAAUUGGAGAGAGGUUGAAGAAAGACCUUGAGACACAGUUCGAGCUGCAGAAGUCUGCUCUUAACCACCCGUUGAAGUUCAGACAGUGGGUUAACGAGGACUGGAGCAGCCGCUCUGAGCGGGUCAGGAAUGGACAGGUGCUGUUUUUGGGAGGCCUCCCUGAAAGCAAGCAUGAGACCCUCUUCUUCCUUCUUAACAGUGGCUUCGACCCAAAGAAGCAGAAAUACUUGCAGAAGCUGGCUUGGGAGCUCCAAUACCAGCGGUGUGAGCUGCUUAAGACCAAGCUCAACAUCAAGGUCGGCCGCUCGGCGUAUGUCUACAUGGUUGUAGACUUCUGGGGAAUGCUUGAAGAGAACGAAGUGCACCUUGGUUUCUCGUCCAGGUUCUGUGCCAACACCGACUUGGACCAAGAGUCCUUCACACUUCUUGCUGAUUGCGAUGUUCUGGUCGCCCGCUCGCCAGCACACUUUGUUAGUGAUGUGCAGAAGGUUCGGGCUGUGUUCAAGCCGGAACUUCAUGCCCUCAAAGACGUAAUUGUUUUCCCGUUAAAAGGAAAUGUCGCUCUUGCUGACAAGUUAUCUGGCGGCGAUUAUGAUGGUGACAUGGCUUGGGUCUGCUGGGAUCCUGACAUUGUCAAUAGCUUCACCAAUGCUGAAGUUCCUCCUGAACCUGACCUUUCAGCAUACUUAAGGAAAGACAAGACUACCUUUUCUGACUUGGUCGACCAUGCCCAGGCUGAGCUGGGAGUCCAAAAUUGCUAUGACCGUGGGCUAGCUCGUGAAAAGGCGGUUUACGAUAUGAUCACAAAGAGCUUCAUCUUUGCCAUGCAGCCUAGUUUCCUUGGUAUUUGCACCAAUUACAAAGAGAAGCUAUGCUACCGCAAGAACUGCGUCAGUGAUGAUGACGCUAUUAUCUUGAGCACUCUGGUUGGCAAAUUGGUCGACCAAAGCAAGCAGGGUAUCAUCUUCACAAAGGAGAACUGGGACCAAAUGAGGAAGGAUUACUGGUCACACUUAGGUGAACUAACGGACCCCGCAUACAAAGGCAACCAUUGGGAGGGUAAAGAUGACCCUGCUCACAUCAUCGAUUACCUCAAGUUCAAGAUUGCGAAGCCUGCCAUUGAUAGGGAGAUGGCAGCUCUGAAAGAGAAACUUGAUGAGAGUAAACAUGGUAGGCCCGCCCUGUCAUCGCUCUCCUCAAGCCAGGACAAUGACUCUGCACAAUUUUGGGACCCCGACCUCAUAGUCUACUAUAACGCAUUCAACGAACUUGCCCAGACAUCUCACUCCAUUCACGAACUGCUCGAAGCCCUACAAAAGCGUAUUAAGGAGGUCCACGAAGAGUGGGCCAAAGCCAUGAGCCCCAAGACAAGCAGCACCAAGAACCUCAGCUAUCAGGAGAAGGUGCGCCGCAUAUAUGAAAAGUGGCGUGCCAUCGAUUUCAAGUCAUGCACAACGGUUGGCUCCAACGGGUCCAUCUCUGAGUUGGCGAUCUUCCUGGAGCAGCCGUUUCUGGCCAACGGGUGCGCCGCAACCAGCUGCUGGGAGCUCUUAAAGGCUAGCACUGCCUUUAAAAUGUGCUAUCAUGGUAAGGCCAACUUUGUUUGGCAGAUAGCAGGCCGGCAGCUGGCCUUCAUUAAGGCGCAGAUGACCUGCGCAAAAGGGACUUCUGGCGAUGAAGAGCCAGUUCUGGUCACACCACUGAUGUACGCAGGAUUGGCACCGGAUGGCAAGUUUGUCAAGCAGUACAUGGCGCGGAUAGAGGGCGAGGGUACUUCGUACCCUGACCUGGAGGAUGGAGAUGCUGUUGGGGAGUGUCGUGAUGAUGCCAACAUCGCUGGCUGGGGCGGGCCGAGGUCUUGUUUCAGGGGGGAUGAUGUGGAUUGA